GGGGUCAGACGGCUCUCUUUCGCGGCGCUUUCUUGUUGUUCGGUCUCUUCUCUUGGAGAUCCCGCUGUCGUCGACCGCGCCGCCAUGAAGCUCGUCCGUCUUUUCGCUCCGCUGCUGUGCUUGCUGUGGCUGGGUCAGGUCUGUCUUGCCGCAGACAUCGAGGAAGAGGAGGGCGUGUUGGUGCUGAAGGCGGCCAACUUCGAACAAGCGCUGGAGCAAUACCCGAAUAUCCUGGUGGAGUUCUAUGCACCAUGGUGUGGUCACUGUAAGGCUCUGGCACCUGAAUAUGUGAAAGCAGCAGCAAAGUUGAAAUCUGAAAACUCUGAAAUCCGAUUGGCUAAGGUAGAUGCUACAGAAGAAUCAGAACUUGCCCAACAGUUUGGUGUUCGAGGUUAUCCUACUAUCAAAUUCUUCAAGAAUGGAGAUAAAUCUUCCCCCAAAGAAUACACAGCUGGCAGAGAAGCAGAUGACAUCAUAAAUUGGUUAAAGAAACGCACAGGUCCAGCAGCCACUACCCUGGCAGAUGUAGCUGCUGCUGAGGAACUAGUGGAAUCCAAUGAAGUUGCUGUGAUUGGAUUCUUUAAGGAUGUAGAAUCUGAUGUUGCCAAACAGUUUUUGUUGGCAGCAGAGUCCAUUGAUGAUGUUCCUUUUGGGAUCACUUCCAGGAAUGAUAUCUUUGCCAAAUACCAGCUCAAAAAAGAUGGAGUUGCUCUUUUUAAGAAGUUUGAUGAAGGUCGUAACAAUUUUGAUGGGGAAAUAACAAAAGACAACCUACUGAAUUUCAUCAAAUCAAACCAGCUGCCCCUGGUGAUUGAAUUUACCGAACAGACUGCACCCAAAAUUUUUGGAGGAGAGAUUAAGACACACAUCCUGUUAUUCUUGCCUAAGAGUGUUGAGAAAUACCAGAAUAAACUGGAUAACUUCAAAACAGCAGCUGAAGACUUCAAAGGAAAGAUCUUGUUCAUUUACAUUGACAGUGACCAUAGUGACAACCAGAGGAUCUUGGAGUUCUUUGGCCUCAAAAAGGAGGAAUGCCCUGCUGUACGUCUUAUUACUCUGGAGGAAGAAAUGACCAAGUACAAACCAGAAUCAGAUGAGCUGACUCCAGAGAAUAUCAGGGACUUCUGCCACAAGUUCUUGGAGGGCAAAGUUAAGCCCCAUCUGAUGAGCCAAGAGAUUUCUGAUGACUGGGACAAGCAGCCUGUCAAAGUUCUGGUUGGAAAGAACUUUGAGGAGGUUGCUUUUGAUGAAAAUAAGAAUGUGUUCGUGGAAUUCUAUGCUCCUUGGUGUGGCCACUGCAAACAGUUGGCUCCCAUUUGGGAUAAACUUGGAGAAACUUAUAAGGACCAUGAAAACAUCAUUAUUGCUAAGAUGGACUCCACAGCCAAUGAAGUUGAGGCUGUGAAGGUCCACAGUUUCCCUACCCUCAAGUAUUUCCCUGCUGGCCCUGACAGAACGGUUGUAGAUUACAAUGGAGAGAGGACGUUGGAGGGUUUUAAGAAGUUCCUGGAAAGCGGUGGAAAAGAUGGUGGUGUAGAUGAGAAUGAUCUGGACGACCUAGAGGACACAGAAGAGGAGCCAGAUGUUGACGAGGAAGAAGAAACUGCAGCUCAAAAAGAUGAACUGUAAACAGGAGUCCAAUCUGCAUAUCCCCAGACACUCUGCUGUGGCUGCCAACUCAAGCAGUCAAGCAAGUCAGCAAGCAAACUCUAACCAGAAGACUGAAGCUGGUUGAGAGUCCAGGGAAAUUAACUCUUUCCCCUAACCUGUCAAACAAAUCUAGUUUUAUUCUGUGCUGAGGAGGAAUCUGACUAGUUGGUAAACUCUGCUGGGUCUUUUUCUCUUUUCUUUUCUUUUCUUUUCUCUUCUUUUCUCUUCUUUUCUCUUCUUUUCUCUUCUUUUCUUUUCUCUUCUCUUCUCUUCUUUUCUCUUCUCUUCAUUUUUCUUUCAUUUGCAAACUUUGAUGUACAUUUCCUUAGAGUAUUGUGGCCUGGG